ACAUCGAGCUGCAGGGACUUCAAGAAACUGUAGACAGCAAGAAGAAAAUUAUUACCUUAGAGGCGAAUAGGUUAAAUUGCUGUCUCCGUAAUACACUCUGGAGUUGUUUUGUAUUUGAACGUUGUAAAACCAGUGGGAGCGGGAACUGGACGGGCAAGUAAUCCAAUUUACAACUGUUUGUGAACGUAUAGAAGUAGAAGAAACGGAAGCCCGAGGACAUGGCACAUGAAGUUCGCAUUAAAAUGUUGUGUUUGGAGUGACAGACUUGAGUUCAGAAGUUAAUGGACGCAGCGCAUCAGUGACAUGGACAUUACGCGGACAGAUUAUUUGCAUUCUCAAAGAAGAAAAACUGUACAAUAGACAAAAAAAUCUGGCCUCUGCCAGAUCCCAGCCUCAGGGAUCGGGUGUAAGUGCAAAGCAGUUCCAACAUGCUUUCAAACAAGUCCUGUGAGAACAUCACUCGAAUAGACGUGAACGGGAACCCGGUGAUGAGCACUAUCAUGUUCAUUGCUGGAGUAGUUGGCAACCUGGUUGCUCUGGCCAUCCUGGGGGUCCACCAGAAGGAGCGUCGCACCAAGUCCUCGGUCUUCUGCAUUCUCGUGACGGGACUCGCUCUGACAGAUCUGUUGGGAACGUGUUUACUCAGCCCACCUGUUUUCGUUUGCUACGCUCAAAGCACAUCCCUGGUGGGCCUUACGGGAAAUCAUUGGCUGUGCGGACUCUUCGCCUUCGCCAUGACGUUCUUCGGCCUUGCUUCUAUGCUCAUUCUGUGCGCGAUGGCUGUCGAACGAUGCCUCGCUAUAAGCCACCCAUAUUUUUACUCCAAACACGUACGGCGAAGCUUCGCUAAGAUCAGCCUGUUCCUCAUAUAUCUCUUCACAUUUGCUUUCUGCUUGCUGCCUUUUUUUGGAUACGGACGACACAAGCAGUACUGUCCUGGAACGUGGUGUUUUAUCAAGAUGGAAGCGGAGGGUGAAGGCGAAGAUGAGGAGAGAAGAACUCUGGCCUUUUCGCUGUCCUACGCAAUGCUGAUGGCGCUCCUAAUCGCCAUAGUUUUCUUGUGUAACGGUUCGGUCAUUGUUAGCCUGUGCCGCAUGCACCGGAGUCAGGUGACUCGCCGGGGUUCGGUGGUGUCGGCCGGACGCAAGAGGAGGCUGAGCACCUGGUUUGGACAGGGAGAAGAAGAGAUGGACCAUCUGCUGCUGUUGGCCUCCAUGACCUUCAUCUUCGUCAUUUGCUCCUUACCUCUGACUAUUUGUGGUUUUGUGAACGCCAUUAGUCCGGUAGGGAAUGACCAGCAGAACCUCAUGGCUUUCCGCUUCUCUGCCUGUAACCCAAUCCUUGACCCUUGGAUCUUCAUCAUCUUUCGUAAGGCGGUCUUCCACCACCUCCGAGCAUUCUUCUGCUGCCGCUUUCCCCGAGAUGCCGUCAAUACCCCAGCUCAAAGUGCCCUGUCCUUCCCGCUGGAAGGCGGAGACCCCAGCCACAGUUCCAGCAUUCAAAGCAAGAUCUACUGCAGCCUCCCACAAUGAGAUCUUGAAGAACAGGGGCAUUUCUGAAUAGAAUACUUAUGACGUUGUGCACUACGGUAUAUCGGGAGUGAAGGUGAGGAGACUUGGUGAAGUCUAAAAAAAGACGGUAUGAAUGUGUCUACGAACCAAGAAUGUUGAAAAAUGGACAACAGGGUAUGGCCAAAGUUUCGUGAAAUGGAGAGCGAAAGACUCAAAGAAUUUGGGAACAAAGGUUUACGCUUAAGCAAACUCUUCCAUGCAUGUAAACCACAGCAUGUGGGUGUGAAAAUGACUAGAGGACUAGACGUGCAAGUGUGCGCGCUACAAUAACUAAAACCAAACUUAUAAAUACAACCUUUAAAAAAAUGCGGUGCAGUGGCACAUACCAGAAAUCACAUGCAUACCCAAAACAGAAUGUACAAAUGAUCACAAGCACAGAAGAACAUCAUAAAUCAGCAACUUAAAGUUAGCAUAAAAAUGAAAAAUAUAAAUAAUUAAACUUUGAAUUAAACUCAUGUUUUACCAAACCGUAGCCUUUCGUCAAUGGAACACACUCGUUUUCAUUUUAUAGCAUGUUGAUGCUGCUAUUAUUUCAUACAAUGAUAGUGAAUGAGGACUGAGACUGUCAGUCACUAACAUUCGGCCUAAGAUCUUUUGUGUUCUGUUGAAGAAAGAAAGCCUUAUGGGUUUGGAACAACAUGAAUGUGAGUAAAUGUUUGUAGGAUUUUCAUUUUUAAGUGAACUGCCCCUUUAAGAGAAGGGGAAGUCCUAAUUUACUGCAGUACUGCAGAAUGUUGAGCUAUCAGGUGAUACAUCAAAUGUACAUGUUGUGACAGCAUUUUAAGGCUUCCCACAUUAUGUUUAACUCGGGGAUGAUGUCUUUUUUUAUUAUUGGGGUAAUAGCCACUUUUAUCUCUGGAUUAUGCAACGUUUCCCACUUUAAUUCUUAAAAGGAAUUAGCAACUUUUUUAAAACAACACUGAGUUAAGGUGAUGGUUCACCCAAAAAUGAAAAUUCUGUCAUCAUUCACUCACCCCCAUGUCAUUUCAAACCUGUAUGACUUUCUUUUGCAGAGCACAAAAGAUAUUUUGAAGAACGUUGGUAACCAAACAGCAUUGGCCCCCAUUGACUUCCAUUGUAUUUAUACCAAAGCAGACAUUUCUCAAAAAUAUUUUCUUUAUUUCAAAUGUAAAUCAUGCUGUAUUUGAUCAUUUUGUUUGGAGCACGAUUAGUCAUAUCUGAUAAACUGCCCAAUAAUGUUGAUUUUCAGACCUACAAUCUUAGAUCUUUUUUGGUAUUAAACUGUGUUUUAAAAGUGG